CAAGUGCAGACGACAGCCGGCCCAGUGCAGACAACAGCUGGUGCAGUGACUACAACAGCAGCAACAACAGCCGGUCCAGUGCAGACAACAGCAGGACCAGUCCAGACAACAGCUGCUGAACAAACAACAGCUGGUGCAGUCACUACAACAGCAGCAACAACAGCAGCACCAGUGCAGACAACAUCUGGUCAAUUGCAGACAACAGCCGGUUCAGUGCAGACAACUGCCAGUCCAGUGCAGACAACAGCUGGUGUAGUCACUACAACAGCAACAACAACAGCAGGCCCAGUGGAGACAACAGCUGGUCCAUUGCAGACGACACCAGGACCAGUCCAGACAACAGCCGGUCCGGCGCAGACAACAGCUGCUGAACAAACAACACCUGGUGCAGUCAUUACAACAGCAGCAACAACAGCAGGACCAGUGGAAACGACAUCUGGUCCAUUGCAGACAACAGCAGGACCAGUCCAGACAACAGCCGGCCAAGUGCAGACGACAGCCGGCCCAGUGCAGACAACAGCUGGUGCAGUGACUACAACAGCAGCAACAACAGCCGGUCCAGUGCAGACAACAGCAGGACCAGUCCAGACAACAGCUGCUGAACAAACAACAGCUGGUGCAGUCACUACAACAGCAGCAACAACAGCAGCACCAGUGCAGACAACAUCUGGUCAAUUGCAGACAACAGCCGGUUCAGUGCAGACAACUGCCAGUCCAGUGCAGACAACAGCUGGUGUAGUCACUACAACAGCAACAACAACAGCAGGCCCAGUGGAGACAACAGCUGGUCCAUUGCAGACGACACCAGGACCAGUCCAGACAACAGCCGGUCCGGCGCAGACAACAGCUGCUGAACAAACAACACCUGGUGCAGUCAUUACAACAGCAGCAACAACAGCAGGACCAGUGGAAACGACAUCUGGUCCAUUGCAGACAACAGCAGGACCAGUCCAGACAACAGCCAGCCAAGUGCAGACGACAGCCGGCCCAGUGCAGACAACACCUGGUGUAGUCACUACAACAGCAACAACAGCUGGUCCAUUGCAGACGACACCAGGACCAGUCCAGACAACAGCCGGCCCAGUGCAGACAACAGCUGCUGAACAAACAACACCUGGUGCAGUUACUACAACAGCAGCAACAACAGCAGGACCAGUGCAGACAACAUCUGUUCAAUUGCAGACAACAGCCGGUCCAGUGCAGACAACAGCUGGUGUAGUCACUACAACAGCAGCAACAACAGCAGGCCCAGUGGAGACAACAGCUGGUCCAUUGCAGACGACACCAGGACCAGUCCAGACAACAGCCGGCCAAGUGCAGACGACAGCCGGCCCAGUGCAGACAACACCUGGUGCAGUGACUACAACAGCAGCAACAACAGCAGGACCAGUGCAGACGACAUCUGGUCAAUUGCAGACAACAGCCGGUCCAGUGCAGACAACUGCCAGUCCAGUGCAGACAACAGCUGGAGUAGUCACUACAACAGCAGCAACAACAGCAGGCCCAGUGGAGACAACAGCUGGUCCAUUGCAGACAACACCAGGACCAGUCCAGACAACAGCCGGUCCAGCGCAGACAACAGCUGCUGAACAAACAACAGCUGGUGCAGUCACUACAACAGCAGCAACAACAGCAGGACCGGUGCAGACGACAUCUGGUCAAUUGCAGACAACAGCCGGUCCAGUGCAGACAACUGCCAGUCCAGUGCAGACAACAGCUGGUGCAGUCACUACAACAGCAGCAACAACAACAGGACCAGUCCAAACAACAGCCGGCCAAGUGCAGACGACAGCCGGCCAAGUGCAGACAACAGCUGGUACAGUGACUACAACAGCAGCAACAACAGCCGGUCCAGUGCAGACAACAGCAGGACCAGUCCAGACAACAGCUGCUGAACAAACAACAGCUGGUGCAGUCACUACAACAGCAGCAACAACAGCAGGACCAGUGCAGACGACAUCUGGUCAAUUGCAGACAACAGCCGGUCCAGUGCAGACAACUGCCAGUCCAGUGCAGACAACAGCUGGAGUAGUCACUACAACAGCAGCAACAACAGUAGGCCCAGUGGAGACAACAGCUGGUCCAUUGCAGACAACAGCAGGACCAGUCCAGACAACAGCCGGCCAAGUGCAGACGACAGCCGGCCCAGUGCAGACAACACCUGGUGCAGUGACUACAACAGCAGCAACAACAGCAGGCCCAGUGGAGACAACAGCUGGUCCAUUGCAGACAACACCAGGACCAGUCCAGACAACAGCCGGUCCAGCGCAGACAACAGCUGCUGAACAAACAACAGCUGGUGCAGUCACUACAACAGCAGCACCAACAGCAGGACUGGUGCAGACGACAUCUGGUCAAUUGCAGACAACAGCCGGUCCAGUGCAGACAACUGCCAGUCCAGUGCAGACUACAGCUGGUGCAGUCACUACAACUGCAGCAACAACAGCAGGACCAGUCCAAACAACAGCCGGCCAAGUGCAGACGACAGCCGGCCCAGUGCAGACAACAGCUGGUACAGUGACUACAACAGCAGCAACAACAGCCGGUCCAGUGCAGACAACAGCAGGACCAGUUCAGACAACAGCUGCUCAACAAACAACAGCUGGUGCAGUCACUACAACAGCAGCAACAACAGCAGGACCAGUGCAGACGACAUCUGGUCAAUUGCAGACAACAGCCGCUCCAGUGCAGACAACUGCCAGUCCAGUGCAGACAACAGCUGGAGUAGUCACUACAACAGCAGCAACAACAGCAGGCCCAGUGGAGACAACAGCUGGUCCAUUGCAGACAACACCAGGACCAGUCCAGACAACAGCCGGUCCAGCGCAGACAACAGCUGCUGAACAAACAACAGCUGGUGCAGUCACUACAACAGCAGCAACAACAGCAGGACCGGUGCAGACGACAUCUGGUCAAUUGCAGACAACAGCCGGUCCAGUGCAGACAACUGCCAGUCCAGUGCAGACAACAGCUGGUGCAGUCACUACAACUGCAGCAACAACAGCAGGACCAGUCCAAACAACAGCCGGCCAAGUGCAGACGACAGCCGGCCCAGUGCAGACAACAGCUGGUACAGUGACUACAACAGCAGCAACAACAGCCGGUCCAGUGCAGACAACAGCAGAACCAGUUCAGACAACAGCUGCUGAACAAACAACAGCUGGUGCAGUCACUACAACAGCAGCAACAACAGCAGGACCAGUGCAGACGACAUCUGGUCAAUUGCAGACAACAGCCGCUCCAGUGCAGACAACUGCCAGUCCAGUGCAGACAACAGCUGGAGUAGUCACUACAACAGCAGCAACAACAGCAGGCCCAGUGGAGACAACAGCUGGUCCAUUGCAGACGACACCAGGACCAGUCCAGACAACAGCCGGUCCAGCGCAGACAACAGCUGCUGAACAAACAACACCUGGUGCAGUCAUUACAACAGCAGCAACAACAGCAGGACCAGUGGAAACGACAUCUGGUCCAUUGCAGACAACAGCAGGACCAGUCCAGACAACAGCCGGCCAAGUGCAGACGACAGCCGGCCCAGUGCAGACAACACCUGGUGCAGUGACUACAACAGCAGCAACAACAGCAGGCCCAGUGGAGACAACAGCUGGUCCAUUGCAGACAACACCAGGACCAGUCCAGACAACAGCCGGUCCAGCGCAGACCACAGCUGCUGAACAAACAACAGCUGGUGCAGUCACUACAACAGCAGCAACAACAGCAGGACCGGUUCAGACGACAUCUGGUCAAUUGCAGACAACAGCCGGUCCAGUGCAGACAACAGCUGGUGUAGUCACUACAACAGCAGCCACAACAGCAGGCCCAGUGGAGACAACAGCUGGUCCAUUGCAGACGACACCUGGUGCAAUCACUACAACAGCAGCAACAACUGCAGGCCUAGUGGAGACAACAGCCGGUCCAGUGCAGACAACACCUGGUGCAAUCACUACAACAGCAGCAACAACAGCAGGCCUGGUGGAGACAACAGCCGGUCCAGUGCAGACAACAGCUGCUGAACAAACAACACCUGGUGCAGUCAUUACAACAGCAGCAACAACAGCAGGACCAGUGGAAACGACAUCUGGUCCAUUGCAGACAACAGCAGGACCAGUCCAGACAACAGCCGGCCAAGUGCAGACGACAGCCGGCCCAGUGCAGACAACAGCUGGUGCAGUGACUACAACAGCAGCAACAACAGCCGGUCCAGUGCAGACAACAGCAGGACCAGUCCAGACAACUGCCAGCCCAGUGGAGACGACAGCCGGCCCAGUGCAGACAACACCUGGUGCAAUCACUACAACAGCAGCAACAACAGCAGGCCUGGUGGAGACAACAGCCGGUCCAGUGCAGACAAUAGCUGCUGAACAAACAACACCUGGUGCAGUCAUUACAACAGCAGCAACAACAGCAGGACCAGUGGAAACGACAUCUGGUCCAUUGCAGACAACAGCAGGACCAGUCCAGACAACAGCCGGCCCAGUGCAGACGACAGCCGGCCCAGUGCAGACGACAGCCGGCCCAGUGCAGACAACAGCCGGCCCAGUGCAGACGACAGCCGGCCAAGUGCAAACGACAUCUGCUGAACAGGCAACACCUGCUGCAGUCACCACAACAGCAGCAGCAACAACAGCAGGCCCGGUGCAGACCACAGCCGGCCCAGUGGAGACGACAGCCGGCCCAGUGGAGACCACGGCCGCCCCAGCGCAAACUACGAUGGCGACGACAAUUGCCGUCACGACGAUCCCGACGACGACGGCUGCCCCGAUAGCGACCACGGUCGCCGAGCGGCAGACAACGUCGGCCACGACCCCGGCGCAGACGACGGCGGCCGAGCUCGAGACGACGGCCGCGGCGGUCACGACGACGGCGGCCGGGCCGGUCCGGACGACGGCGGCCGGGCCGGUCGCAACGACGGCGGCCCCGGUCCGGACGACGGCGGCCCCGGUCCGGACGACCGAAGGCGGCGCGCUGUCGACGGGCGCCCUAACGACGGGCGCCGGGCUGACCACGGCGCCCCAAGUGCCGCCGACGGCACCGCCGACGGCACCGCCCAACGACUGCCACCAGCUCAACCCUCCGCGCAAGCUGGGCGAGCAGUGGAACGAGAACGACUGCAUGCUGGCGACGUGCAUGGGCGACGGCUCACAGGUCUCAAUGACGAAGCGGCCGUGCGUGGUCCCCUCGCCACCGGCCUGCGAGUCGGGCCGCCCCUCGCGACGUGUCACCGACCCCGACGGCUGCUGCUACCACUGGGAGUGCGACUGCAUCUGCACUGGCUUCGGCGACACGCACAUGCAGACGUUCGACGGCGCGCGCUUCUCCCCGCCGGGCAACUGCACGUACAUCCUCGUGGAGGAGCGGCAGAAGCUCCACGACUUCUCCAUCGUCGCCGACAACUUCGACUGCGCCUCGACGCCGCAGGCCUCCUCGUGCACGCGAGGCCUCGUCAUCUCCUACCAGGGCAACGUCCUGCGUGCCACCAUGACUUCCAGCGGCAAUCCCAGCGAGCGCAGGUUCCUGCUGAACCAGAAGACCAAGAAGGCGCCCUUCAACGAGCGCGGCUUCCAGGUGUCCACCGUCAAAACCGACGACAUCAUCUUCAUCAAGGACCUGCGCGUCCGCGUGCAGUUCAACGGCCUCGGCUUCCUCAUCGACCUGCCGCGAGACCUCUUCUGGGACAACACGCAGGGACAGUGCGGCACGUGCAACAACAUGCGCAAGGACGACUGCAUGGGCCGCGAUGGCAUUCCGCGGGCGGCCGAGUGCUGUGCCGUGGCGGCGGGCGACUGGAUGACGGACGACCCGGCUAAGCCGCAGUGCAUUCGCAUGCUGCUGCCCGCCAAGCUGAGCUGCGCCGGCGGCGCCACGCAGGCGACGACGUGUGCCGGAGCCGACGAGUGCAACGCGCUCAUCCUGCAGACGUUCCAGUCAUGUUCCGCUGUGGUGGACCUGUCGGGCUACUACGAGGGCUGCAAAAGUGACCACUGCAAGCCACGCACGCAGGCCCUGGACUGCGCUGGGGCCCAGCUCGCCGCCGCCGAGUGCGGCCGUGCCGGAGUGUGCGUCAACUGGCGCCCGCUCGUCCCCGACAAGUGCCCGUAUACAUGCCCUGGGAACAUGGUGUACAAGUACUGCGAGACAAAGGCUACACCAGUGUGUGGCGUGGACAGAAUCGAUGCAUCGAACCUGUGGAAGGGAGAGGGCUGCUACUGCGGUGAUGGGCAGCAGCUGCUGGAGGCCGGCUCCUCCACCUGUGUGACUACGUGUCCAGAGUGUUGGUCAGACAGCGGUGAACCCAAAUACGUCGGGGACCAAUGGAAGGAGGGCUGUGACCAGUGCGAGUGCCUGGAGGGAGGCAACGUGGAGCGCACGGCGCUGCCCUGCAAGCUGCCCACUGUCACCUGCCCCAUCGGGGUCAACCUGGUCCCAGCGCCCACCCCCGUCACGGAGGACAUCAUCACCACCACAUGCUGCCCCCGCGUGGAGUGCGCUGCCUGCAGACACAGCGGCUCCGUCUAUCAGGUCGGCGACACGUGGACAGACAACAACGACAUGUGCCUACGCUUCUCCUGCACGGCCGUCGGUGGCUCGGCCGCCAUCGUGGAGAAAAUGAUCACCUGCGCACCGUUCGACUUCAGCAAGUGCAAGUCGGCGCCCAUCUACGAUGACUUUGGAUGCUGUCCACUGUCGUGUGAGAAAGACCCGGAUGCGUCCAUCACCAAGUGCGAGGUGCUGACGUCCGUGGAAAAGAUCCAAGUGGACAGCUGCGUGUCCGACGAUGUCACCCUGAGCCAGUGCAGUGGAAUGUGCCUCUCCCUGGCUCGGCUCAACUACCAGACGGGCGGCAUCACCCACGAGUGCAAGUGUUGCCAGGAGACGGUGACGGAGCAGCGGAACGCUCCGCUGCGGUGCACCAACGGCACCAUCCAGGAGUACUCCUACAAGUACAUCCGCGAGUGCAGCUGCAAGCUCUGCGAAUGAAUGAACGCCGGCCGCAACGACAACGACGACGACGACGACGACGACACCCCCACACCGCCCCCGCCCCCCACUCACCCCUCCUCCUUAGCGCCCCCCCCCCCCCUCCUCCCCCCGCCACCCUCCGCCGCCGCCCUCCUUCACCACACCGCGGUGAACCCCCGUAACAUCCACCUAACCCGCCCCCGUCCACCCCCCCUGCGCGGGCCAACGAACCGAGAGAUGCCGGAAACGACGACCGACCGACCGACCGACCGGCCGACCGGCCGGCCAGGCCGGCCAGGCCGGCCAGGCCCGGCGACGAUGGGCCACUUCUCCGCGGUGCGAUGCCGCUGCCUCUGCCGAUUUGGCUUGACGACGCCACGCCGAUUGCCGCACCCCCGAGCGCGACGUCUUGCCCAGCGCCGGCAGAGCUGCGCCACGCACGCUAACGCGCGCGCACGCGCACGUGCACGCGCACGUGCGCGCGCACGCGCACG